AGGGCGGACGACUAGCGAAUUAAGGAAUUUCAAAGUUUCACAUGUGGAAACAUCAAUAGAAAAUACUGAAAAUGGCGACUUUGCAGAAAGUUCUCGGAUUAACUGCUAUGUUGAGUAAGCGUAAGGUUUUUGAUCAAUGUAUGAAUAAGGUCAGAAUUGUUGCAGCUGAUCCAGGCAAAAUUGUAGCUGAGUUAACUGUGGAGGAAGAGCAUCAAAAUGUAGUUGGUACCCUGCAUGGUGGUUUUACGGCAACCAUAAUUGACAGCAUGACAACAAUGGCAUUAUUAUCCAGGGAAAAUGGUCAAUCAGGAGUGAGCAUUGAUCUUCAUAUCUCGUAUUUGGCAGCAGCCAAAACUGGUGAUCUUGUGACAAUAACUGCCGAAGCUUUAAAAGUUGGGAGAACUAUGGCUUUCACCACGGCAGAGUUACGACUACAAGAUGGGACUGUCAUUGCAAGAGGGAACCACACAAAGCAUCUAGGAAACCCUAGACCAGCUAAAAAGUGAACCCCAGUAGAAUUUCUCAGGAGUUUCUUAUAUAAUCAAAUGUUUCACCGGAGAAACAACUUGCAGUUAUGAGAGAAAGUGAAAUCUUUGUGGUUAUUCCAUUGUGUUGUGCAUAAUCUUAGCCAGGUUGAGGUGCCCUUUGCUUACGGGGGCAACCCUGUGGCCUUUCCUGCCAUGUAAUAGUAUCAUACAUGAUACAUAUCAUACAUUAAUGAUGCCUUCUCUUCGCAUUAAAACAAACCGGUAAUAUUAUUCUAAAUAUGCGUUCUCCUGUGGUUUGCAAGUUCGCAUGCACUUGUAAAUUUAGGUUUCCUAUUUGUGUGGUAAGGUAAAAUGAAUGUGCCCUUUUCUAAAACUUUGCCCCUGCCACCCUGAACUGCUCCCCGCACCCCGUAUCUUAGCUUGAACUAAAUCAAGUUAUGUUACUUGUUGAACAUGCCAGUUCAACAAUUGUACAUUAAGGCAGGUACCUGGUAGCCAGUUUUAUUUUCAGGUGAAAAAUAGAUCUAAUUAAUGAUCUGUUAUGUGUUGAGUACAAGUAUUUCUGGCUGAUGCCAGACAACUUGGGUCUUCACAGACUUCACUUGUCAGUUGUCAUGAUAUGCAAGGAAAUAUUUGAGACAAUAAAUUAUUGACCUCAUCCAUAAUAUGUCCUUGAACAUUUUAUUUCAAAUUUAAUUAGUUUAAACAAUUUAUAAACAAAUUUAAAACAUUUUAAAAACAUUCAAAAUUCAAAUUUUAACAGUUCGUCUGUACAUUGCUAUUACUGAUAGCUAAUUUCAUUUUUUUCAACAAAAAUUUUGUAAUUUACGUGUACGUCGGUAC